CCCCUUCCAUGUCAUAGAGUUAUUUCUCGUUUCCUUCUCCAACUUUUUCCCCAAUUCCCUCCACAAAAUGGAAAACAUCCCACACCAAAUGGCGGCGACGGCGUCACAGCCGGCGAUGUAUCCAUCGCAGACACCGUACCCGCAACUCCUACAGCAGCAGCAGCAGCAAAUCCACAUGUUUUGGAACUAUCAGCGGCAAGAGAUCGAGCAGGUGAACGAUUUUAGAAACCAUCAGCUGCCUUUGGCCCGCAUUAAGAAGAUAAUGAAAGCGGACGAGGAUGUGCGCAUGAUCUCUGCAGAGGCCCCGAUCCUCUUCUCCAAGGCGUGCGAGCUGUUCAUCCUCGAGCUCACCAUCCGAUCCUGGCUCCACGCGGAGGAGAACAAGCGGAGGACCCUUCAGAAGAACGACAUUGCUGCGGCCAUCACACGUACGGAUAUAUUCGAUUUUCUGGUGGAUAUUGUCCCCAGGGACGACAUCAAGGAAGAGGCUGCGACAUUUGGAGCGAUUUUGGGACCUCCUGGUGUGGCGACCGGGGCGACAGGGGUGCCCUACUAUUACCCACCAAUGGGACAGCCCAUGAUGGGGCAGCCCGCAAUGCCCGGGAUGGAUCAGGGGAUCUAUCUGCAGGCCCCGCCUCAUCCGCCCUCCCAGGCGUGGCAGUCCGUGUGGCAGACCACGCCGGAUGAUGGGUCCUACGCCAGUGGUGGUGGUGGUACAAGCAGCAAUCAAGCAAACCUGGAUGGUCAAGAUGAAUCUUCUGGUUUUCUGAUUUGAUCGUUGAAACCAACUCAUGCUGACUGAGCAGCGAGUGGCACCGAUGAGAGGUCACUGAUUGAUGAUGUUGAGCGGAAUUUCUAUUUUUAGAACACUAAUGCAGUUUAUUGCAAAUAUCCAUGGAUAUUGGCAUUAAUGUAAUGACCUUUUUUGGCUUGUAGAUACUUGUAUAAAACUUGAUUCUGUUGUUGAUUUGUUUAAACAUCCAAAAGGAAAGACAAAUUUGUCUGCUAUGAAAGAACAUUGUAGCAGUUCCAAUUUCGAUAUUUUCAUUUAGUGCUUGUUUGAGCUCCA